AUGGCACCGAAGGACGUAGUCGACGUAUACGAAGGGACCGACGUUCCCAUGAGCCAGCAGCUCUCAUCGCCCUCGACGGCACCAAAGAGCUCCACACCAACUGAGGUCACCUCCUCCUCCACUGCUGCACCUACCUCGCCCGAGAGGCGCAGAAAGCGCCAGCGUAGCCCUUCCGUCGCCAGUGACCGCGACUGCGAGGAGUCUCCUAAGAAGAUGAAGAAGCGCCUGCGCUGGUCCACCAUCACCAUUCACGAGUUUGGCGUCGGACUGGGUGGCAGCUCGGUGCCCGACAAGGGCGGCCCGUCGAUCGGUCUGAGCGAUAAGCCCGAGUUCACGUGGACCACGAAGGUAGGCGAGAUGGCCGAAUGUGUGGAAGGCGUACACCGCUUCACACCUGAGGAGCGCGUGCGAUUGCUGCAGAGCGCCGGUGUAAGCGAGGGCAUGAUCCUGCGGUUCUCGCGGGAAGCCAACAUCAUCAACUCCUCGCGCCGGAGGACACUCGUAGAGGACAUUGCUGAGCGGAAAGAGGCCAAGAAGCAGCGUCGACAGCAGCAGCAACAGUGCAAGGUCGAAUCACCUCGCUCCGCCUGCGUGUCUCCAUUUCUCAACCGUUCGCACAUGAUCCCGGUCAACUACGUGUAA